ACAGAGGUGUCGCUCCCCUUGAUGGGGCUGCUCCGGUGUGGGGGCUCGCACCGCCAUGGGGUGCCGCAGGAAAAAAAAAAGCCCAGCGGUUCUGAGCUACGAGUUCGUCAUUCAGAACCACGCGGAUAUCGCAAUCUUCUUGGUGAUAUGCCUCCUGCUGGGGUUCACGUUUGAGGUCUCAGCCAAGUAUGCCAUCGUCUUUAUUGCUGUGCAGUACAGUGUCACUUGUACCACUGAUGGCAACAGUAAGCAAUUUCUUUUUUAUGAAUCUGGUCCAAAAGACAUUGCCACAAUCUUCUUCUACAUGCUCAUUGCUAUUAAUCUGCAUGCUGUAAUCCAGAAGUACAUAUUAGAUAAAAUUAAUAGAUAUCUGCAUUUGUCAAAAACAGAGCAUAGCAAACUCAAUGAAUCGGGACAGCUAGCAAUUUUCUACUUGUUUUCAUGUAUAUGGGGAGCAACUAUUUUGAUUGCGGAAGAAUUCACGAUGAACCCAAUCUCACUCUGGAAAUAUUAUCCCCAUUCUUAUAUGCUUUUUCAGGUAAAAUUCUUCUAUAUUUGCCAGAUAGCCUAUUGGCUUCAUGCACUGCCGGAGCUAUACUUUCAAAAGGUCCGAAAGGAAGAUAUUCUGAGGCAGCUAUGUUAUAUUUGCCUUUACGUUAUUCAUAUCUCUGGUGCCUAUAUAUUAAAUUUCCAGCAUUUGGGGCUAAUUCUGAUGAUACCUCACUAUCUAGUGGAAUUCAGUUUUCAUGCCUCACAUCUUUUCUACUUGAGUGAUAAAAACAAGCAAAAAGGAUUUACCGUCUGGGCUUUACUUUUCAUAUUGGUGCGUCUUUUUACCCUAACUUUAUCUGUACUCGCGUUUGGAUUUGGUCUGGCAAGAGUAGAGAACCCAGGUUUUCCAAUAGCAGAAGGAAACUGCAGUGUACUCCCUGUGAGGAUUGGCUGCCUGAGUGUUGUUUGUCUAACACAAGUCUGGAUGAUGUGGAAAUUUAUAAAUUUUCAGCUGAAGAAAUGGAGAGAGCAUGUUAAGAAACAGAUCCCCCCCCAAAAAAUAACUCCCAGAAAGAACAAACGAACAAAAAAGAAACCAUACAGAGCCAACUCUGUCAAUGGAGCAGCAAAACUAAAAGGUGGACAAUCACCAAGAAUAAGAAAAUCAAAACCAGUAUGAGAAUACAAGCUAGUGUCAGAAGACAACAUUUGACAGAAGACUGUGUCUUAAUAAAUUGACACUGCAGAGCUAUUAUUUGUAUGUCUUAUUAUUUCAAUGGACACUAUCAGGUUAUAUGUUAGCAAUAUUUUUGUUAAUAACCCUACAUUUCACUUAGCUUUAACAGAAGAAUUGAAC